CAAUAAAAAUGCCGAUACGGAGCGCUCCGAGCCCAAACUGCGAUCCUGUGCGGUGCUGACCCUGCCGAACAAGCUGUCGACAUGGCCAGCAAGAAGGAAAAGUACUCGCUCGGUAACUCUCGCUCUCCCAUGAUGUUCAGGAAGAAGAAAGAGAAUGAGGAGAAGCUGAGUCGCUCGCUGGAUGACCUGAUCGCGUCCGUCGACCACGACGAUGGAGACGUGGGAGGUGCCGAGUGGCCGGAGCUUGCCAGCGUCAGGAAGAUGUCGCCUGUAGUGAUGUGCAUCUUACCUCCCUGCUCCGCCGACUUCGUUUGCUCUGCUCUACUCUCGCUUGGAGCCACGCCACUUCUUACUGAAGACGAGAAUGACGUGGUGAAGGACUUGCGGAACUGCAGAGCAGUCGUGGUAGACGUCAGUGCUCCUACCAAAGCUGAUUGUGGCUCUCAUGGAGUACUUCGACCCAACGGGAGACAUUCUCAUGGUCGUGGCUUCCACACAGGUUGGCUCCAACAACAGAAAGAGAGACCUCACCGUGGAGCUAAUAGACAAGUGUGGCCCGUCACUGGUUGUUGGGAGGAUGGCCGACAUCUAUACACUCGGUCAAAUCGUGGUUGAAAGAGCUGUGAGCAGUGGGAGUGACGAGGAAGAGGAGGAGGAGGAGGAGGAGAGAGACUCUCACCAUCCUCAGAUCAGUAUCGAACACUCUCCACCCACAGCCACAGCGAGGAAAGCCUCGGCCCCCGCGAUCCUCCACUCCCGCAUCAUGCAGAAGAUCCAGCACGGGGGCCCGGCGAGACGACACACCGACCUUAGCCCCUGCAUCAGUCCCCAGACCAGUCCGCGGCACUCUGCCAUGGGAAUGAGUCCCAGCACCAGUCCCCGCGCCAGUCCAUCUGGAGUGAGACGAGGCCUUCGGCAACAGGGAAGGAAGAUUGGCAGAACACCAACACUCCACCCUCGCAUCACUAUGAAAGGGCAGUUCCAGGAUUUUUCCCUUCUGGAAGUGAACGUGGACGACGCCAUACAGUACGGCCACAGGCUGGCAGCCCACUCCAGAGCCAGUGUGUUCUUCAUGGAGACCAGCCUCCUCACAGACGGAGAGACAGACAUAGAGAUACUCAACUCACAGUCGGGGACUAAGUACCUCCACUCCCUCCUCCCCUGCUCGGCAGCUGUCGCCGCUGCCUGCGUGUCUUCUGUCCUUCGUGAGACUGAUGACAGUGAGGAUGCCCUCCUCCACCAGUUCAGUCAUGCGCUGUCUCUCUGGUGUGUCGCCGUGGAAGAGGCCGGUAGCCAUGCCAACCAGCACGGGACCCUCCUCCCGGGGACCAUGCGGCAAUCUCUAAUUGAUGCCCUCCACUACCUGACAGAGUCUCAUGUCCGAUCUGCCGCCAAUCUAUCUCUCUAUUGCAUGCGAACUGGAAGACCAUCGCAGGGUACACCUCCCAUACUUGACUCCACUUGAUCCCAAGCUGUUUUGAUGUUAUUUUAUCCAAACAUUACGAGCUUUAUUUUAUCAGUUAAUCACGUAUGAUCUUGUUCUAGAACAUGUGAUAGUCACGUGUCCUCAGUCAGAUAAACUAUGAACUCAGAUCUGAGAUUGCGAUGUGGCCUUGAUCAUGUGAUGGUCAUGUGACCUUGCGGGGUGCAGAGCUAGAGAGCCACUGAAAGAAGUCGCACUGUGUGUUAGGGUCUGACUGACUCCCAGCCGGUCGGGAGCACACCCAGAACUGCCGUCCCUUCGUAGGCCCAGCCUUCCUCACCGUCCUCAAGAUGGUUGGCUCUGCGUGCUUCUUGCAGAGAGGAGGUUUAGGCGGUCCGGAGAACAGGGAGCUCCAUUCCGGCUUGAGCUGAGACGAAGAUAAAAACGAGGAAGGGGGUUGAGCGGCCAGUUCAUUUUCUGUUGUUGGCUCUACUCCUCUGUCAGACUCUGUUUUUUCAGAGGUCAAAGUAGAUUGGCCAGAGGUGGAAGGGUUAAAAAAGCUCUGGAGAGUUCUCGGCAUUUUUGCUCUGGAAGAAGUUGUUUCAGGUGCUUUUCUUUUAACCCCUUUCCCACUGCUGUUCUUUACAGUUGAGGCAGCAAUUUUAACCCCUAGCUGACUGAAUUUGGGCUCCAUGAAUGAAGAUAGAGUUGUUUGGCGUCCGAGGAUGAGGUGGAGGGAAAGAGAAGGCUCCUGAGGGGAGGGGAGGAGGGAGAGGGAGGAGAAUUCGGCCAUGACGGGGCAGUGGUCUGAACCAGUGUGCUGGGCCCACACCUCAGCAGACCAGAGGUGAGGUGUCAGAGAAAGACUGCAGAGAAUGUAGUCGAUCCUUGUGCC